AGAUAAUCAAGAUGGAACUAUAACUAUCCAUUUAGUUAUUUGGUUGAAGAAAAUUAUUAAUAACUUUAUAAAUGCUCAAAUUAUGGAUAAGUAUGUUAUUAGUAAACAAAAUCAAUGUGAAAUGAGAAUUGAGGCCUUGCCAGAAGAUUUGGAGCACAUUCCGGUGGUCUUGAAUGAAGAGUUGUUAUGUGAUGAAGCUCGUGGAUUGGUAAUGGACAUGCUGCAGUCUGACCCAUCUGUGAGGGUGAUGAUGAUAGGUGAAAGUCAGAAUGCUGCAUCAGUAGAAUUGUGUUUGAAAACAAUCAGCUCUGCUAUGGAUGUUUACAGUGCAACUUUUGACACAAUUUCUGAAGAGGAGCAUAUAUGGUCAUCUUCAGUGGCUGGACUAGAACGUCUCAGAGUGCUGUGGGAACGCAGAGGUCUUGCUGUGCUGGUUUCCUGUUCAGCCCUUCCUCCUCAUUUGCCUAGGUUUCAAGCUCCGCGCCUAAAAGGCAGGAAACCACCAAGAAGCGGCGUUCACUCGUCCCGAGGCUCGUAUCGUGACUCGCACCGCGGCUCAUCGCACUGCUCGUCCAACGGCUCCUCUCGUGGCUCGUUCAACGGCGCCUCUCGUGGCUCGUUCAACGGCUCCUCUCGUGGCUCGUUCAACGGCUCGUCCAACGGCUCUUCUCGCGGCUUGUCUAACGGCGCCUCUCGUGGCUCGUCUUACGGCUCCUCUCGUGGCUCAUUAAACGAUUCAUCUCGUGGCACAUACCGUAGCUCGUCCCGGAUGGAUGGGAGAAGCUUUCACAACAGUCGUAGAAGCAACACCUGUAAUGUCAGCGGCAAAGAUAGUAAUUUCCCGAAUGAUUUCCAGGAAACAUCUUGA